AUGCUGGCCAAUCUCGCCCACACGCCAGCAUGGAGAAAGCAAGGCCACAUCUGUCUGGCUUGUCGCCAUCAGCGACGGCUUCUGCAGCACCAACAGCGACGAUGGAACCAGUCCACUUCCGACGGCCCCGAGCACAUUCCCCCUGGUGAGAACUUCUUCGACUCUUUCAACGAUAUCAGCGAGACCUACGGCGAGGGCAGAAAGGCCAGACCGCCGGCGGAGAGAGGGUUUCCCACCUCCAGACCGCCGGCGAAGAGAGGGUUUCCCACCUCCAUUCCGCCUCCUCUUCGGAGGGAGGGCUAUAGAUUGGAGCGCCUGAUAAACCAUCAACACGACGCUGUAAGGCCCACAGGGGUCUUCCGCGCCACUGGGAAUAAGCAUGUUGAGGACGCACAGCACACGGGGUUGCGAAAGGAGGGGUCUUCGGAAGAGAAGACGGCUUUUCGAAGAGCUAGGACUAUACCGCCCAAGACACUCGCAAUGCAAGACCGGCCGGGGGAUCUAAUCCUGGCGGAAAUGCAACAGAGUGCGGAUGCGAGGAAGUCGGGGACGGGGGAAGAGAAGGAGAAGACGAUGGAGGACUCCCAAGCAGAAGCUGCCGUGCGAAGCGCAGCAGUAGACAACAAAGUUCGGGUAGUGAGGCCGCAUUUCGUGGGCGAAGUUUUCAGGAAAUACGACUCCAACCUCCCUCGAGUCGAUUCUCCUCCAAAUCCAGCCUUUGUCCCUCAAACACGACGAAGAUGGUCAAUGAGCAGCCGGGUGGAAACAAUCCGGGACGCCACGUCAUGGCCAGUGGUCAAGGACGCUGUAGAUCUCGACUUGAAGUCUAGUCUAGGCGGGUACUCACGGAUGGCACGAUUAAGCAAGCAGAAGGAAACACAUGGCUUACCCUUUGGAGGGAUAUCUGUGGCCCCUUUCCCUGGUAACUCCAAGAGUGUGUCUUUCGACUCUCUCCGCAGCGCCGACAAAAUAAGCCCAGAGCCUCCUCGUAAUCCAGCUGCGAUUAAUUCGAGGCCUUAUGGCAUCGCUUUGAAGCAGGACGAGGCGCGUCUUGUCGAUGGCGAGAGCGAUGGAUCUAAGGACGCGAGUUCGGAUACGACGGAACAUGUUCAAGACAAUACUGGUAUAGACCAGAUUGACACGCUGCGUGCCGAAUUGACUGGCCGUUACAAUAAAGCCCCGGAAAUGGAACAAGCCUCCGAGGCGACACGUCAUAGACUUGCGAAUCUGAGAGGUCUACGAGAGGCUGGAAGUGCAUCGACGCGAUCUUCGAAAGGUGCUGGAACCAAUGGCACGAACGCAACUGGUGGCUCAUCGCAAGGAAAUUCUGGCGAUGAUUCCGAAGGUAAUGCGUCCAACAAGCUUGGGGGCGUCCCCAUAGGUAGUGCUAUGAAGGCGCCGCGAAGGAAACGAGCAGUCCGAAGGCAAGGAAGCAAAGAAACGAAGCCUCCCAAACCGAGUGCCACGAAUGAGCAAACGUUAGACACCACCGGUCAGAAAGACGCGCAGCGGUCCGUCUCAGACGUCGCUCCUGAUGAUGAAGGACCUGCUCCAGAGAUUCUUCACGUUGAGCCCUCAGCGAUCCACAUUGAGCCUGUGGACAUCCCUCAGCCGCCCGUCCCAUAUCUACAGUACGGUCUGGACAGAGUUCUCUUCAACCCUGGAGUUUACCAACUUCAGGACCCAACCUCCCGUGUGUACAAUUUUGAUCCAUACCUGCAGCACAUCAUGCCCGUCGUGGAGUUUGACUUUGACUCCCUGAAGCAAUACAAGACCUCGUCGCAAGACCAAGCGCUGUCUGCUCUUGCGCAGGCCCAUGGCAAGAAGUACAUUGGCUCCACCUCAAGCAUGACGAGUUCUCUGGCUCAUUUCCAUUAUUUGCUAUCGAAUUGGCGACCUCUCGGCUUGACUAUGAUCUCAAGGGGUUUCAGCCUACGUUCGGGCACAUUUACCCAAAUCAAUCGAGCGCCAGCGUCGAUCUUCCUGCGUUGGAAGGAUGGCACAUAUGCCAUUGACGCUGACAAGGAAUACGACAGUGCAAACGUUUUAAUGCUACUUGGCAAGUCCAUGGAGUUGUUGCUCACCUUACCAAACUCGGAAUACGAGCGGUAUCGGAAGAGCGACCCUCGACAGGUAACUGAAGAGCAAAAGACAGCACCGGAAAGCUACCAGUACACCACUAUGCGCGAUUUCCUGAUGCGCUCGCAACUGGAUGCGUACGAUCCUCGACUACCUGGUAACGGGACUUUUGACCUCAAGACUCGCGCGGUCGUUUCCGUGCGAAUGGAAUCCAAGGACUUCGAGCCGAUGACAGGAUACGAGAUUCAGAGCUUGCAGGGCACAUGGGGGUCUUACGAGAGAGAGUACUACGACAUGAUACGCUCCACAAUGCUCAAGUACUCGCUACAGGCACGUAUGGGUCGAAUGAACGGUAUCUUCGUCGCCUAUCACAACGUCAAGCGCAUUUUUGGCUUUCAAUAUCUUCCACUACAUGACAUGGAUCGCGCUCUCCACGGGCAGGCCGACACCUGCCUUGGCGACCAGGAGUUCAAGGUCAGUCUGGAGUUGAUGAAUGAAGUACUCAACAAGGCGACAGCCAAAUUCCCUGAAAAAUCGCUUCGCAUUCAUUUCGAGACGCAAGAGAAAACAGACUCUGCGGACGACCCAACGACGAUGCAAAUUUUCGCCGAGCCAAUGGAGGAAGAGGAGAUUGACCAGAUACAGAAUUCGCAGAAGGCGAAGAUUGCUGCAUUUGAGCGGGACAUUAUGGGCAAGAAUGAAGAUUCGCCCAUCGUGCAAGGCGACAGUGAGGAAUCGUCAAACUCGGACAGUGAAAAUGUCAGGGAAGCAAAUGAGAAGGCGGAGCGUGCUUCGAGCGACUCUAAUGCUGAUGAGGCCUUCCUCGAAUCGAUGGAGCAGAGAGCGAAGGAGGAGCUGAAGCCGCUAUUCUACGCCACUCUCAUUGUCCAGUCGAAGGUCAAUGGCGAGAUUCCCGAAGAAGAUCGGCCCAAAAACCUGAAGCAGACUGACAAGUGGGAGGUUGGUUCUCUUCUCAAGGAAUACGAGAACACUCGAGGGAUUUGGGCCAAGUACGAAGACAUGAAAGCGCGAAGGAGGCAUGCUCUGGCCGACGAAGCCGAAGAUGCUGAUUCUGCGGAUCCGGAAUCGGAAGGCGCGGUCAAGGAGGACAGUUCGUACAUUCAGCUUCUGAAGUCGAUGUCGGAGCAGGGUCGGCAGUUGAGGAGGCAGAUUGACGAGUUUGACAAUGGGAGAGAGGUUGUCAAGGUUGACGAUCCUCUUCCUGAGCACAGAGAGAGGAUUGAAGGACUCGAGGACUAUCUGGGAUGGUUGUACAAGGAGAAGGAAGGGGAGGAGAACCAGUUCGGAUAG